ACCUUGCACGCCAGCCCAGCGCCAGUCCCGCGCGCGCUCAGCUCGCUUGCUCCUCCCUCCAAGCUGUGAACUGUCAACACGCCCAUUUCUCUGAGCAGGAGACUGAGGCGGCUCUGGGACUCCAUCCCACACCCUCUUCACAUGAGGCCAUGAGGCACCCACUGGACCAGGGCCAGGUCACCCUGCCCCCUCCCGCCCCCCAUCCAGGAGCUCCUGGCUGCUGCAGGUCCCAUAGAAUCCUGGACUGUGCCCAGCUGGUCCCCACUGCACAGAUGGGGAAACUAAGGUGGAGGGAAGAGGAGCGCCUGGCCCCUGGCCACACCGGAAGACCCCGCCCCCUCCGGAACCUCCUGCUCCUGCUGUGGACCCUCCUGAACUGUGGUUUGGGGGUCAACGCUCAGGGUCCGGGUGAGUGGACUCCAUGGGGUUCCUGGAGCCGCUGUUCUAGCUCUUGCGGGCGAGGGCUCUCCGUGCGCAGGCGGCAAUGCGUCCGGUUUCCCAGGGAAGAGCUGUGCUGGGGGGACACCCACGAGUACCGCCUCUGCCAGCUGCCCGAGUGUCCCCCAGGGGCCGUGCCCUUCCGAGACCUCCAAUGCGCCCUCUACAAUGGCCACCCUGUCCUGGGCACCCAGAAGACCUACCAAUGGGUGCCCUUCUAUGGUGCACCCAACCAGUGCGACCUCAACUGCCUGGCGGAGGGACACGACUUCUAUCACAGCUUCGGCCGCGUGCUGGACGGUACCCCCUGCAGGCCGGGCACCCAGGGACUCUGCGUGGCUGGCCGCUGCCUCAGCGCCGGCUGUGACGGUUUGCUGGGUUCGGAUGCCCGCGAAGACCGCUGCGGCCGCUGCGGCGGCGCCAACGACUCGUGCCUCUUCGUGCAGCGCGUGUUCCGGGAUGCCGGUGCCUUCGCUGGGUACUGGAACGUGACCCUGAUCCCCGAGGGCGCCAGGCACAUCCGCGCCGCCCACCGGAGCCGGAACCACCUGGCGCUGAUGGGGGGCGACGGGCGCUACGUGUUCAACGGGAACUGGGCGGUCAGCCCUCCCGGGACCUACGAGGCAGCGGGCACCCGCGUGGUCUACACCCGCGUCACAGGGUCAGAGGAGACGCUGCGCGCCGCCGGGCCCACCUCCGAAGACCUGCUCCUGCAGGUCCUCCUGCAGGAGCCCAACCCCGGCGUUGAGUUCGAGUUCUGGCUCCCCCGGGAGCGCUAUGGCCCCUUCCAGGCGGAGGCUCAGGCCCAGGGUUGGUCCCUGCGGCAGCCGCAGCCUCGGGAGGUAGAUCCUCAGUCCCCUGAGUCUCCCGCUGCCCCCACUGUUAUCCCCCCACGGACCCCAGGCCCCACCCCAGACCCCUGCCCACCCUGCCCUGACACCCGCGGUCGUGCCCACCGGCUGCUCCACUAUUGCGGCAGCGACUUUGUGUUCCGGGCCCGCGUGCUGGGCCGCGUCCGGCAGGCCCAGGAGACCCGAUAUGAGGUGCGCGUGCAGCUCAUCUACAAGAACCGCUCGCCACUGCGGGCCCUCGAGUAUGUGUGGGCGCCGAGCCGCUGCCCCUGCCCACCGCUGGCCCUUCAUCGGGACUACCUGCUGGCAGCCCGGCGUCUCAUCAGCCCCGAUGGCACUCAGGACUGGCUGCUGCUCCCCCAUGCUGGCUACGCCCGGCCCUGGAGCCCCGCCGAGGACAGCCGCGUGCGCCUGGCCGCCAGACACUGCCCCCUCUGAGCCCCUGGACCAGACCUCGGCCACACACGGCUGACCAGGCUCAAAGUCAGCAUAUUUCCCCUCUUGCCAUAGCUUCCAGGGAGCUCAGAACUAUCUCCCACCUGCAGCUCAGUGACUCCCCACCACACACACUCAGACACCCCUGCACUCAGUCAGAUCCACUGUCGGAAGCAGGCACGCACUGGUGAGGAUACACUAAAUGGACUCUUUAGCUCUGAUUUCCUCUCUCUCCCUGGCUGCCAGGAAACUCAUAGCUAUUUUACUCUCAGAGACUCUGUGUCUGCUUUUAUUCCCCUUGUCUCACACUCAUUUGCUGGAACACACUGUAACACACAAGCAUGACCCCAACAAAGACAUGCCUAAGGAGACCUUGUAAUGUAUCCAUUUCCCCUCUUGCCCUGGCUACCAGGAAGCUCACCACUGUUUAACCCCCUGACACUCUGUCUCUCCCUUCUCAUUGCCACUUAACACAUGCACACUCACGUAUUCAGAGACACUGUUACAAACAGGCAUGACCCCCUAGAAAACAUGCCUACCCAGGCACUGUAACGUACCAAUUUCCCCUUUUGCCCUGGCUACCAGGAAGUUCAGAGAUAAUCUUGACAGCUUCCGCAAUUCGGGGGGAGGUGGGAGGGUUCCCUCCAGGCAACACUGCUGUUCACCCCUUUUUUAUUCCUAUUUAAUUUUUACAAGCACUUUUUUUUUUAACAAGGGCACCCCAGUUUCACAUACUUGGCCGCAGACACUUCAGGAUGCCCUGUUAGUCAGAUCCACAGCCACGUUGUCACCACCUGAACACACGUGAUCACGUGCACCUCAUCUCCUCCUCCUCCUGGUCCAGCCCCCACCUCCCCCCAGCGUGUCUGACCCUGGGGCGACCGUGAGGACGGGGAAUAUAAGAGGAUGGGGGAAGGCGGGACUUUCUGAGGUUCCAAGCCCCCUCCUGAUGCCCCUUGGGGCCACAUAUUCCUCUCAGGCCGUUCAGGGGGCCCCCUCCCCACCCCCGAGCAGAGCAGGCAGGUCAGAGCCCCCACCCUCAGCGUGUGCCCUGUCCUCAUGUGUCCUGGAUGUAGUCUCCUCAUAGAUUCUAGAGCCAGGAGGGCAGGCCUAGAUCAUGUGUGGAUUGGAAGUGUCAGUGGGGUGUCACAUAGUCACGCAGAAAACCUCCCCUUCUGCCUCCCCAUCCUGAGUGGGGUGACUCACGCCGUCAUCUGGGACAACCUGCUCGUCUGUACCAUCUGUGGUUGUGUCUUCUUCUGGGGCGCGGGAUGGUGGGAGUGUGCAACGGGUGCUGGACAUGUGGGUCUCAAUGGACUCGGCCCCUGACCUUGGGGGUGACCUCAGGCCAAGUCCUGCCCCUCUCUGGGCCUCAGUUUCCCCAUCUGUGUAUACCCUUUCAGCCCCUCCCGGCCCUGACCUUGGGAACCUCACUCUUCCAGAUUCCUUCCCUAGCCCUUCUGUUCAUUCGUGCAUUCCUCCAAAGAGUAUUUAUUGAGCACCUACUGUAUGCCUGGGACCCAGCAGCGCCUGGGGCGGCCCCGGCCUAGCCCUGUCUUCUGUAACAAGUGCUGAAGCCGGAGGAUCUCCCGAACGCCCACCCACCCACGGGGCAGAGUGGGGCGCAGUUCUGGAGGGAGGCGUGGGGUCUGGGCGCCCCCUGGUGGCAGGACGGGGGGAGAAGGAAUUCAGCGUUUCGGGUGUUACCUGUAGCCCCCAAGCGCUUCAGGUCCCCGAUGGCCCCAGAUGGUCCCCUCUGCCUCACUGCACUGUGGGAGUGUGUUCAGUGUCUGGAAAUGGGAGCCUCCGGCCUCUUCCUCCCCGGAGCUCUGUGGGGCAACCCUGCCAUCUACUCCCCAACCAGCGGGACCGGUUUGCAGGGGUGAGGUUCCUGCCGGGGCAGAGGCCAAUGCAGGGCCCACUCUAGCAGACAGGAUGGCCUGUGGCCACAGGAGCCACGAUUUCCCGCAUGCCUUCCUCCGAGCGGCAACAUUGUUUCCGGUAAUGGUCACGUUACAAACAAUCAAUGGAACCAUUUAAAGAGAGAAGAAAGCAUUGCAAUUUUAAAGAUACUCAAAAUCAGCAACCCAGUUGAAGGUGGGACUAGCAUUUGCACUUACUUGCCCAGCAAAAAUUCCACGCUGCUUUGAUGCUUUACUUUUAAACACGAGUAAAAACUCUAGGUGCAACAACGGAAACGGAGAGACUCAAGAGCUGUAUCUUUGUGUCUUUACAAUCCCUGGCUCUCGGGUUUUAUUAUUUACUGUGUCCCUGUAGGAACACGCAGGGCCCAUCUGGUUUAGAGACUGGAUCGCUGCCCGAAGAGACCGCCGGUGAUUACAGACGGAACUGCCUCUCGAGGGAAGCACUCACAGCUGAGUCCUCAAGGGUCCAGAACUGGGAAUUCUCCAAAUGGACUUCCCACAGGAGGCGAUGUUUAUUAAAGGAUAAAGAAUGAAAACGGGCAAGCUUGAAACUUGUGUCUAUGUUAAUAAAACAAUAGUAAUCACGACAGUUCUUUCAUCAACCCCACAAAAUAUUGUAUUCAACAACCUUGUGGAGUACCAGCUCUGGGGGGUGCGAUGCUUUUCUUACUGUUUUGAAUUCUCUGCAGACAGCACCCCUCUGUUGUCUGCGCUUCUCUCUCACCGACCCUGUACCAGCUGGCUCACCCACAGGAGGACGAGUCCGGUUGAAGGGCUGCUGAAAACCCCUGGACUGUCUCACACCCUGAGGGUUAGUUGAGGGUUACAAUGGCUUGACCACCUGGGAAAACAUUUUAGCUGUUUCUGCUACAGCUGAACACACACUCGUGUACAAGGUUGAAUAAUAAUGUCCACGCCCUAACCCCUGGAACCUGUGAACAGAUCUUUAUUUGGAAAACGGAUUUUUGAGGAUGUAAUUAAGAGUCUCAAGAAGAUCAUUCUGGAGUAUCCAGAUGGACGCUAAAUCCGGUGACAAGUGCCUUGUAAGAGACACACAGAGGAGAGACAGAGAGAAGACACCCGUGUGAAGACAGAGGCAGAGAUCGGAGGGAUGUGGCCACAAGCCCAGGGAUGCCUGGGGCUCCCAGAAGCUGGAAGAGGCAGGAAGGACCCUCUCCUGGACCCUCCAGAGGGAGCACAACCCUGGGACACCUUGAUCUUGAACUUCCGGCCUCCGGAUGGUGAAAGGAAAAAUUCCUGUUGUCCCAAGCUACCCAGUUGGUGAUGACUGGUUACAGCAGCCCCAGGAGACUCAGAGGCUCACCCUACACCCUGCCGUCUCUGGCAGGUGUACGCCCAAGGCAAAUGAGAGCUCCGCUCACCAAAGGCUGCUUCUAGAAUGUUCCUAGCAGCUUUAGUCACAAUAGCCCCCCACUGGAAACAACUCUAACACCCAUCAGCAGUGGACUGAAUCAUUCUCUGGCCCUCACAGAAUACACGCUCUGCCAACGAAAAAGAAUGAUGCACCAAUCAUUCCCGCAGCAGCGUGGUGAGUCUGAGUCAGACAGGAGGGGACAGAAGACACCGUGGACACGACACAAGUGACCUUCAAGGCCAGAGGCAAUGAAGGCAGGAUGGGGGUUACCUUGGGGCGGAAGUGACUGGGAGGGGCCGGCCCUGUUGAGAUACUUGCCCCCGAGUCGCGGGUUAUACUUUUCUGCACAU